UUGAAUCAUAACGGCUGAGCUCUCGGGAGGACGCGGCGGCCUUUGGGUCGGAGGCGGGAGCCUGCGGGCAUCAUGGACAAAUCUAAAGAGAACUGCAUUGCGGGGCCUGUGAAGACUACGAUUCCACUUGGUGAUGGUCCAAAACGCGUCCCGGUGAGCCAGCAAUUUCCUUCUCAGAAUCCGUUACCUGCAAAUAGCGGCCAAGCCCAGCGAGUCUUGUGUCCUUCAAAUUCCUCUCAGCGAAUUCCUUCCCAAGCACAAAGGCUUGCGUCCAGCCACAAACCCGUCCAGAACCUGAAGCAGAAGCCACUGCAGCCAACCGGUGGCCCUCGUCCUGUCUCUAGGCCGCUGACUAAUCCCCAGAACAGUGAGCAGCCCUUGCCGUCGGCCCCCGGAAAUAAUUCUGAAAAGCAACUGGCAACAAAACAGAAAAAUGAAGAAUCAAAAAAAAGGCAGUGGGCUUUGGAAGAUUUUGAAAUUGGUCGCCCACUGGGUAAAGGAAAGUUUGGUAAUGUUUAUUUGGCGAGAGAAAAACAAAGCAAGUUUAUCCUGGCUCUUAAAGUAUUAUUUAAAGCUCAACUGGAGAAAGCAGGAGUCGAGCAUCAGCUGAGAAGAGAAGUAGAAAUCCAGUCCCACCUUAGGCAUCCAAAUAUUCUCAGACUGUAUGGUUAUUUCCAUGAUGCCACCAGAGUUUACCUAAUUCUAGAAUACGCACCUCUUGGAGCGGUCUACCGGGAGCUUCAGAAGCUGUCCAAGUUUGACGAGCAGAGAACUGCUACCUACAUCACAGAGUUGGCAGAUGCCCUGUCUUACUGUCACUCGAAGAGAGUCAUUCAUAGAGACAUUAAGCCGGAGAACCUGCUCCUUGGAUCAGCCGGAGAGCUUAAGAUCGCAGAUUUUGGGUGGUCGGUACAUGCCCCGUCCUCCAGGAGAACCACCCUCUGCGGCACCCUGGACUACCUCCCCCCAGAGAUGAUCGAAGGCCGGAUGCACGACGAGAAGGUGGACCUGUGGAGCCUGGGGGUGCUCUGCUAUGAGUUCCUAGUUGGGAAGCCUCCGUUCGAGGCCAGCACAUACCAAGAGACCUACAAAAGAAUAUCGCGGGUUGAGUUCACGUUCCCUGACUUUGUACCGGAGGGAGCCAGGGACCUCAUCUCAAGACUGUUGAAACAUAACCCCAGCCAAAGGCCAACUCUCAAAGAAGUACUUGAACACCCUUGGGUCACCGCAAAUUCGUCAAAAACAUCAAGUAGCCAAAAAAGCAAAGAAUCAACCGGCAAACAAUCUUAAAAAUCCUGCAGGGGGAGAAAUCCGCAAGGCAUGGCUGUGGACGCUGCUGCCGGCCUGUGGGUGACCGAGGGCGUGCUGAGCAGGCCCAGCCCCCCCACCCCCCCAACUCAGUCCACUUCAGCGAACAGCACACGCGCUCUGGAGCAAGAGAAGCCGCAGGAACUGUGGCCUCUCCCACAGUCCGGAGACGAGGUCCACCCGCAGCCUCCCCAUAGCCUGUCUCGAGUCAGGUGUCCUCGUGGAAGACCGCUCGGGUCCGACUGCGGGGAGAGCGGCCACCUGGCCUGACCCCGUCGGUGAAGGAGGUGUGCAAUACCCACCCAGCACCUACGUGUGCGUCCGCCUUCCUCGGCGCCCGCGGCUAGGAAAGCUGUCAGGAUGAACCUGUGAUUCUUUCCUUUGAAGGUGAAAAUAAAGAUUUGUGUACGGAC